CAAUGCGGACUGAAGACCACGCUUCCUGUUGCGAAGUUCGGCAUGGUUGUGCAUGCGGCGUAUUUAAUGUUUAGCUUAUAAUGUGUAAUUUCAUAAUAAAUCGUUUAUUAAUUCUCAUUCUCUGAAUAAGAUUUGUUAUACAUUAUGGAGGUAGAUGACAGAGAUUUCCUCAAUUCACCUCCAGUGAAGACUGUACGUUUUGGAGGGAGCGUUGCAAAUACGUUAGCUAAACUAAAACAGGGUGACACAAGUGACUAUGAACUGAUACAGCAUCAACUCUCAGAUCCUGACAUUAAGGAUGCCCAGAUCAUCAACUGGCUGCAGGAACUCAGGAGCUGUGUUACUCAACUUGGCAAAGAUCAUGAACAGUUAAUCUAUGUUGUGUUGAGGCUGCCAUGGCUUGGUCGCAGUCAAGCUGUUGUGGAGGAAUAUCUGGCUUUUCUCAGUAACCUUGUGUCAGCACAGACAGUUUAUCUCAGAGCUUGUCUGAAAACCAUUACAUCUAAUUUUACACCAAAGAGAAUAAAAAUCCAAGAAGGAAAUGUGGAUAUUUCCGAUUCUGAUGACGAAGAUGAGAAUCUACCAAGGAUAUUUGAUCAGUGUCAUCAAGCCUUGCAGUUGAUUGCAAAAUACGUUCCAUCAACCAGCCGAUUCCUGACCCCAAUCCUCUCGGAAAAGUUCCCAUUUGUGCAGAAAUCCUCCAGGACGCUUGAGUGUUAUGUACACAACCUGUUAAGGGUUACAGUCUACAUCCCUGCCCUGAGGAAAGACCUUCUGGAGCUCAUCAUCAGCAAGAUGCUCACAUUAGAUGUUAGUGCGCCGCGAAAUGAUAUUGAAGAAGUGGAGGGUGCAGCGCAACAUGACGCCAGUGGAGAAUCACAAGAGCACGACUGCCUCUUUAACAUGGAUGAGGAAGAGGACUCACCACUGGAUACAUCUAGAUCUGUUGAUGGACCAAUGGCCCAUCCUGUGGCAGAGAGACUAGACACACUAAUGACAGUCCUGCUGGCUUACAUAAAAGAUGUGUGUCAUGUUAACGGCUCUUUGGAUAUUGAGAAGACCAAAGCUCUGUACAGAGACCUGCUGUGUGUGUUUGAUAAGGUGGUGCUUCCCACACACGCUUCCUGUCAUGUGCAAUACUGCAUGUUCUACCUGUGCAGCUUUCGCUUGGGUUUGGCCGAAGCCUUUUUGGAUCACUUAUGGAAACUGUUGCAGAGCCCCUCCCAGCCCCCCGUUCUGAGGCAGGCUGCUGCUGGAUACAUGGGCAGCUUCAUGGCAAGAGCCAAGUUCCUGCCAGUAUCUACAGUCAAGGCCUGUCUGGACCUGCUGGUUCCCUGGCUGCACCUUUACAUCGACACCCAAGACUCUGGAUCCAAAGCUUUCUGUGACGUGAAUCUGCACGGUCCCUUUUACACCGCUUGCCAGGCGGUGUUUUACACGUUGAUCUUUAGACACAAUGCUAUCCUGGAGGGCAACAUGAAGAAAGGGUUGUCCUACCUUCAAAGUUUGAAUCUCGAACGCAUAGUGAUGUGCCAGCUCAACCCCCUGAGGGUCUGUAUACCGGCCGUCACCAACAUGUUUGCAGCCAUCACCAGGAAGUAUCAACUGGUGUUUUGUUACACCAUCAUCGAGCGGAACAACCGGCACGUGCUGCCAGUGGUGAGGAGUUCAGUGGGCGGCAGCUCUGUGUCCGCCAACGUAAACCCUCUGGACUCUUUCUUCCCUUUUGAUCCAUAUCUCCUAAAAAGGUCUGGAAAAGUCAUUGAGCCCAUCUACCAGGUGUGGGAGGAGCCAUCCGAUUGUGUGAUCGAUGUACCAAAAAAGGAAGUUAGAAAGGGGUCCAUGGAUGAAGAAGAUGAUUUUCUACAUGGAGAGACUCCUAAUGGAGACACAAUUGUGGGCAUGACUCCAGGCUCCUAUGACUCUCACCUGCACAGUCCACGAAGCGUGGGCUCUCCCCCUAUCUCCUUCCUGCAGCGGCCUUUCUGAUCAUACGCUAUGAGCUAUCCAGGCCCACGUUACACCAUGUGGGGGUGCUCAAGGAACGAAUGUGCUUGUGUUAGCACAAAUCAAACUGAAAGGAGCCCCUGACUCACCAGUAGUACUGACGUGUGCAUGUCAGUAGCUUUUCUAAACCCUCUAUCAUACUGCAUCACACAAUAGACAUGUCUCUUUUGCACACUUUAGUUGUUAUAAUAGUCAUAUUAAAGAAACGUGGUUUCUUAAAGAGACACUUACGGUCGGUGUAACGUGUUUUUCAAAGAAACUCACAGCACGUAAAUUGUGACUAUUGUAAUUGAAUUUUGUAUUGUAUUGUAUUGUAAAUGUACUCUUGUGUUGAGUAAACUGAUAUUUGUAAUUUAUUGUGAAAUAUGUUGAUUUUCUUGUUUUAUGGAGUGACCCCAUGUUUAGUUUCAAGGGUAUGAGCGUCAGUUAAAUGUCCGAUUCAUUAGGACAUCAACAUACAUAGGAUAUCAAACCUUAAAUUUGAAUGUUGUUUGUUUUGAAAUUGUAAUCGAAAUUUGUAAUACGUUUUUAAUCUGUAAAAACGUACAACAUGCUACCCUGCGAUCUUGGAGUUGUGCUACAUCUAGAAUUUUGAGGUUCUUAGUCUGUAAACAUGUGAGGAAUAGUUAAAACGUUGCCAUUUACAUUAAAAUAUUGCUAUUCUUAUUGUU